GUGUGUAUUACAUAACCGUUGCUCUCCCCAGGGCUGUGCAGUGUGAUGGAGCAGAAAGAUGAUGGAGGCCACCAGACGGACGCAGCGUGUGGGGCCCAGACACAGCCGGGUCAGGCGGGGCUCUGCGAGAAGCACUACAGGGAGUACCUGGUCAGUCUCAUCAACGGGCACUGCAUUGACCCCGCCCUGCUUUAUGACGUUAACGAGCUGCUCCUGGCCUGUCGGAGGUACCAAGUGGACGACUGGCGGGGGGAGCUCGAGGAGGACAGAGCGUACUAUUCUCGGCUGCUGAAGAAACUAAUCCAGGAGGUCCCACUGGGUGACAAGGUUCCACGGAAGAAAUAAAAAUAAUCAUUUAUAGCCAGCUUUGUUUUAACUGGGGUUGAUCUGUCAGAUGAGAAAUAAUGCGUCUUAAAGUCGCUGGAUCGCAUUGCGUGCCGCAUUUCACUAUAAGUUCUGUUGUAAAUGGUGGAAUAUGGUCAGACCGGAUCCUCAUGACCAGCGAUCGUAAUGCGUUUGUGGAGAACGGCAGCGAAGAACAGACAGACCAAAAACAUGCAUGGCUAAAAAAAAAACGAAACUUCAGUGGUCUGUUUAAAAGCGAACACUUUAAAUACGUUUCUAGAUUUAAUUUAAUGAUAACUAAUGUAUGCAUUUGUGUUGCUUGUGGUUGAUACGUGCAUUGAAAGGUUUAAAAGAUCAUUAAAGGCAUUCUUUAAUGUGC